CGCAUUCGGUACGGUACAGAACUUUCCACUCCUGCGGAAUUUUCACAGUACCAGUACAAACCCAAAGUCACGGUGGUGUGCUGACAGUGUCAAACAAUUGAGUGCGUUAGUGUGUGUUAGUAUCGUUUUAGUGAUGAUAAGAUAUAGUUCAGAUAAAACCUCUCUGAUUGUUUUGGUGGAAUAACCGCAAAUUGGAUACAACGUGCAAGUAACAAAUUGUUGUGUCAAAGACGUUUGGUGCUGUUCUGCGGUACAUAAUCAUCAUGAAGAAGAUGCUGUGUGGUCUCAUUUUCGCGAUCGUCAUCAUUGGCUGCAUCGAUGUGGCUGAGUCUCGUGCGGUAAACAUCAGCAACACUUGGACGCUGCCUCAGGAGGGAUUUUCUGUUUUCUACCGCUACUUUCGCGAUAAAAUCUCCUGGUUCGAGGCGGAUGCCGUUUGUCAGUUUCAUCAUGCUAAUCUAGUCACCGUUGACAAUGGAAUGCAGUUUGAUGCGACCCGUGCCUUUCUCAAGGAGCUUGACGUAACUAGCGCAGUAUGGAUCGGUCUGAUGCGUCCCGAAAACUCUGCGCGCUUCAUUUGGACAAGCUCCAAGACACUGGAUCCAGCAAGUGGUUAUUGGGCAGAAACUAUUCCAGCAAUGGAACAACCACUAUGUGCCGUAGUAGAUCCGGUUAGAGAUUUCCGUUGGCAUGCUUUUCGAUGCGGUGGCCCUGAAACUGCCGCAUUCCUAUGCGAACUUCCUGUACCAACGUGGGCGGUAGAUUGCACCAUCACGUCAAUUCCAUCACUAACGGUACAGUAUAUGUCGGACAGUGGUACUGUGCAGCUCUCACGGGAUUGCGGAGAAUCCGGCACGAAGCAUAUUACCUGCCAGGGUAAACAAGACCGAGACAGCAUCAUCGAGCAAUUGCAGUGCAGCGACGAAGAGGACUUGGCAUCGGUAUUAACCAUAGAUAAAACCAAUCAAUUGAUGCUUGGCGCUAACAGUGUGGCAUCAGCAAGCUCUACUCGGCGACCACAACAGCAGUCAAUUUUAGAACACGAUAUAUUGACAGUUGUAUCCAGCAACGUUGAGGAGAGCAACAACAAGAUCGAGGUCAAUCCAAAUCAAAUCGAAGACACUGUAAAGAACGUCAUCAACAAGUUCAACCUACAAGAUCUAAUGCGCAGUGAGCAUGUAGCUGUACAUAGCGAAGAACUGGACGGUGUGAUGCACAAUACGGAGAGUCAACGUAAAUCUGCUUACAUCAAGAAAUAUUCACCGCUGUACGUAAAGAAAAAUCACUACACGAAAAAGAACUCCAACAGAUCGGAUCGAAACGAUAGUGGCGAUGAAGAGGAUGAAGACGAUGAACCGAUGCUGGGUGAUCAACCAAUGCAGGACGAAACCGAAACCCAACCGAUUGAUAUAAUUCAACAAGCCGUAAAACCAACGGCAGAUGGAGAUUAUGCUGAUCCAAUUGGUGUAGGAAAUGGAGUGAAGAUGGUCAAUGAGAAAUGUAAUAAAGAUGGAUUGUGUGGCAACGACUAUAUCAAUGUGAAAUCAACGGAGAUCGUGACUACACCGGAUUCACGCUUGCGUCGUGGAACUGAUUCGGACAGAGAUGAGAGAACAACUGUUAAAUCAACAGAACCAGUACCCAUUACCAUUAUGCCUGAUAUAACAGAAACAACAACUUUUACGACGACGAUUUCUACUUCAUCGAUACUCUCCACUGUUUCGCCCAAAACGCUGCUGUUAACCACAAGAACAACUGCGUCUAGUCACAUAUUACCAACGACACCAAAAAAAGAAGUUAUUACCGGGGAUCACUUCAUACCGCCGAUGUUACUCGUAAAGGCACGCUUCAUAUCCGCUCGUCCUCAAACAGAGUCGCCUCCAACCACACCAACCACGUUACUUCCAACGGCAUCGUCCACUAACAUUCCAGUGGAAUCUGGCGUAACUGAUUCUCCUGCACCUGCACCUUCAACAUCAGAAGCAAAUCCAUCGGGAGAUCAUGAAAAGAGUGAUCCAUUAUUGGUUGUAGAAUCGACUUUGAGCGAAGGUGUUAGCGAUGUUUUGCAGGAUGAGGUAUUAUCUGCGACAUCAAUUGCUCCCAACACGACGGAUGUCCAUCAGGCAGAACAUGUUGUUUUCGAACAAAAUCAUUCUGAACAUUCCGAGCAUCCCGAAACAUUUGCCACCACCACACGACCGUUACAGACGGCUGUGACAACGCCCACGCAUCUUGCACUUCCAUAUUAUAAUAUUAAUCCACUUCAAGCCGCUGCGUUGGUAUCUGCUAUCCAGUUGACACAGUAUUCAGAUUAUAUCACAACAACCAUAGCACCGGAACAAGAUACUACCGUGCACUCAUCUGAAUCACCUGAGGUAUCAACUAGUGUCCCGAUUACUACGAUUAUAGAGGAGGUUGGCUAUAUUACAAACGCUUCGGAAACUGAAGCAAACGAUAGCAGUAAAACAAGUGCAAAUUUACCAACAUUGACCACGGAACAGAAUACAUCGCACAAUAAACAUACUAUAAUGUCGCCCAACAACACGAAAAUUGAAAUUUCUGAAGAAACCGGCUUAAAUUCAGAAAAUUCUUCAUUGAAUCAAAAGCCUAUAAACGCGAAUGAACAUAAAACCUUCGAAGAAACCCACGAUAUCCAUGCUGAGGAAGAGCAUGAAGAGUACGACGAGCAAAAGCAUUCUGAAUUGCACAACAGUUUUUCUAACGUAGAAAAUUAUCAGCCCUACAAACCGAACCGUCAUCGCCUGCUUACCAAAUCAGAGGUACAAAACAACCAUGGGGCAUACAUUAAGAAAAUCCUCGGUUAAGGAUGGGUUUCUGUGUCUUGUUGAAUCUUAAAGGUUAGCCCUUGAGUCUGGCUUCUUCGCCCAUUAUGGUAAUGACGUUAACAUAAAGGGAGCACAGAACAAAUAAGGUUUUCAAAACAAUUUGAAAUAUUGCUAAGGAUAGUUUUGAAAGCAAAUGAACAACCGAGAGAAAGAAGUAGCUGGGAGUAAUGGAUUUCAGUUAUAAAGAGAACGAUUGACCGUGACAUGGAACUUUACAGCGGCAAAUAUUUCUCAUGAGUUACCUUUUGAGAAAAGAUUAGCUUAACUAUCAAUAAUACCUGCAUUAAGUUCACGCUCUACAUUGACUAUUUCAUCUCUAUCACACAAGAUAAUAAAAGGUAAAUGUCAAGUAUAACGUAGUAGUAGUUCGAUAACUAGAUUAAAAUCGUACCGAAGGAGAUCGUCAACAUAUUUACCAACCGACAAUUAUAAAGCACAAAGAAUAGUCAGCAAUCAUUCGCGAAAUUACGACAACGGUAAUAAUUCGUUCAGUAAUUUCUAUUAAUUAGACAACACACCAAAUGCAGAUCCUUAGCUUUUGUUAGGAAAAAUUCUUUACUUCAACACGCACUAUACUAAACAUUUUUGGACAUUUGAACUAAAAGUUUUGUAAAACCAAGAGCACGAAGAAAAUAGACAGCUACGACUAGGUGUCUUAAGAGCAGUUGAAGGUAUCGUUCGGAUGCAGUUUGUGCGAAAAUGUGUACAAUGAUUCAGACAGUAUGAAAACAGAACGGAGUUGAAAGUUAGGAUUAACUUAAGUGACGUGGUUCAACCAACUUACGGUCGCUGAACAUAAGCAACAUCAAAAUUAGAGUUUGCCAGGAACCAAAUGAGAGAAUCUUUCACUCUCUCGUCUGGUUUGUGGUCAAUAUGUUAAACAUCGUUGCUUCGUUUAAAAGGAAAAUGUAUUGCUACUUUUAAAUGUUUGUACUAAGUGUAAGAAAACUUACAUUGUUUUAAAUAUAAAAAAGAAAUACGAUAUAUUCAGAAAGCUAUUCGUGAACAUUCAUAAGCCGGAUCAUAAGAACUAUUCCUACUUAGCCAACAUCACGAGGGUUACCUAAGACACUGAAUUUUGUUUGAAAAACAAUCUACAAGCUAGCUGCAUUCUUGAAGGUGAAUUCACAGACAAAUCUGAUUCUCGGGACAAUGAUGAUAAUGAUCCUUCCAAACUAACUAUAACUAGAGCAGAUCAUAUCAGCACUUACGAGAGCUGUUUACUUUACCUUGAUAGCGUUCUGCAUCCGAAUACACCGUCACUAACGUACAGCUCGCAUUUUAAGAAACAAAAAUAAAAAUAAUGCAGCUAGUUCCGGAUAGUUUGAACUAAGCUGGCAAAGGAAUUUUUAUUA